AUGUUUUCAGCGCAAUCAGGCACAGUACCUGAUACAAACCCAAUCCCUCAACAGAGCAGUGCGCAAACGCGGUGUGAAGUGGAUGAUUUUGGGCUACCCAUUCGACCAAAGAAGGAGAGAAUUAGUUCAGAAAGUUCCGAAUCCACCUCAUCAGACUUUCAGGAUGCUUCGGAAGUACCGGCUUCCAACGAUAAUACUUCGCCUCCGACGCAAGACCUUCCAGCGACGACGAAUAACCACGCCGAAAUAAACAAGGGGGAGGAUGGAUCUAAGAGGGAGGGAGCUCAGUCUGCCGGUUCUCUUGCUGGUUUAGGCGUUACUAUGGAAAGUCACGAUGGUUCCGAGUCGCAAAAUAUCACAGAAUUCGCCAUUGACGAAUCAGCAAACCAAGAGCCAUCAGCGGGUGCCAAGGAAGAAAAACGUGCCCACACCAAAAAUGAUUCGAUAGGUGCUUCAGAAUGGUCUCAUCAGAAACUCACCGAACAACACUCUGAGGAGGAAAGUGAUGGCGAGGGAGAGUGGAAGGCCAUGCCUGCCCUGGGUGAGAUGGAUCAUUAUGAUGACUACGGCAGACUAGUCGCAAAAGGUUCAAAGCUAGACGACGAUGAUUAUAUGGGUGCUAGUGCCGCUAGUCGCGGCUAUACGCGUGUGCAAUUUGAUGAAGAUACUCAUUCAGUAACCAGUAUGGACGAAGAUACGAGUUAUCUGUUCAAAGAAAACCAUGCAACCUCAGCCGGUAUUGAUGACGACACUCGCGAUCCGCUCAGUCAACUACAGGCUACAAAGGACCUCCUAAGUGAAGGUCAGCGUAUUGCCUAUGUUGGCGUUGUGCGCCUUUCUAUAUACCAGAUGACCAGUGAUGUGGAAAAGAUUCCUACAACAAAGUCUUCCAAGAAGGCCCUGCAAGAUGCCGUGGACUCCAUGAAGAAAUGGGGUCAAGGCGUAAUGAUGCGAUUGUUUGGCCAUAUGGAUAUUGACGCCGCAGAGCAAGUCAUGAUUGAACAACUUGCUGAACACGGAGUGCAAGCAGCAGAUCUUGUCGACCCUCUUAUGAAGAAUUCCCGGGUCAAGAAUCCGAUGGCUGAAGAAGGGCGCUCAGCUGCCGGGACUCCUUCACUGAACUCGCCAAGUCUUGGAAAUCAAAAACGAAAUAGUUCUUCCGCCUUAAACGGGUCACCUCCUGCUUAUGAGGAAACUCAAUCUCCUCCGCCUUACGGUGCGGAAGGUGACGAAGUGCCGGCCGUUCAGACACCUUCUCAGAUGCCCAAAUCAGCCAAUAUAGAGAUCGAUCUUCGCUGGACCGUGCUCUGUGAUUUAUUCCUUGUCCUUAUCGCAGAAGCAAACUAUGACGCUCGAUCCCGUUACUUACUUGAGAAGGUCGGGGAGGCAAUGAAGAUCUCAUGGAUGCAGAUAUGCCGGUUUGAAAAGAAAGUAAUUGAUGCACUUGAAAUGGAGCAAGCCACACAGAAAGAGACCUGGGAUGAAUCAGAGCACAUGGAACAGCGACGUAAGAAGGCACUAAAGUCGAAGUACGUGAUUAUGGGUCUGGCGACUGUUGGAGGUGGGUUAGUCAUUGGCCUGUCGGCAGGUUUAUUGGCUCCGGUUAUUGGUGCUGGUCUGGCAGCUGGUUUUACAACCAUUGGGAUAUCUGGGACUGGUGCUUUUCUGGGAGGAGCCGGUGGUACUGCACUGAUUGCUUCUGGUGCAACACUCACAGGAAGCUACUCUGGUCUGAGAGCCUCGAAUCGACGUACGGGUGCUGUGCAGACCUUUGAAUAUCGUCCGCUACAUAACAAUCAACGGGUCAAUCUUAUCGUCACUAUUUCAGGGUGGAUGACGGGUAAAGUCGAUGAUGUCCGGUUGCCUUUCAGUACGGUUGAUCCCAUCAUGGGCGAUUUGUACUCCGUUUUUUGGGAACCGGAAAUGCUUCAGAGUAUGGGUUCUACCAUCAAUAUUCUAGCGACAGAGGCUCUUACGCAGGGAUUACAGCAGGUCCUCGGUAGUACCAUCCUGACGGCGUUGAUGGGUGCUUUACAACUACCCAUCGUCCUGACCAAACUCGCUUAUCUCAUUGAUAAUCCCUGGAAUGUUUCCCUGGUUCGAGCUAAUGCUGCCGGUUUAAUUCUCGCUGACUCUAUAAUGAGUCGCAAUCUUGGAAAGAGACCUAUUACGCUCCUUGGCUUUUCUCUUGGCUCUAGGGUGAUAUUCUCAUGUCUCAAAGAACUUGCCAAGAAGGGAGCUUACGGCCUGGUCCAGAAUGUCUAUAUGUUCGGUGCCCCAAUUGUGGCCAACAAGGACGAAUAUCUGAAAGUACGGAGCGUCGUUGUCGGCAGAUUCGUGAAUGGGUACUCGUCCAAUGAUUGGAUCCUCGGCUAUCUAUUCAGGGCUACAAGUGGAGGUAUCAUGCGUGUGGCUGGUCUGGCGCCUGUUCUCGGCAUCCCGGGCAUGGAGAACUUUAAUGUUACAGACUUGGUUAGCGGGCACAUGAACUACCGUGCAGCAAUGCCCAGGUUACUACGCGAGGUUGGCUGGGAGGUGCUCAGUGAUGAGUUUGCGGAAAUCGAAGAUCCAGAUCCAGAGAAUCAUGCGGAGCGACAGAGGGAACUUAUUCGCGAGAUUGACGAAGCACGUAGGGAAGCAGAACAGAAACCGGACAAGAAAAGAUUUGGUCUCUUCAAGAAAUCAACCUUGGCGAAAAAGAAAGGAUGGGAAACAUACGACCCGGACCAGGGAGACCCUACACCUCAUCCUGAUUCACCCAAUUCAUCGUCAGGACGCGACAGCGUCCUCUUCGAUAUUGACGCUAUCAGGGCAGAGCUGGCUUCAGAACAGAUUGAAGUCAAGCAACUCGAGUCAACUUUGCCGCCGAUUACAUUGGACUUGAAUAACCAUAAUGCUGAUCGACCUGAGUUACGAGCAUCCAAAAGUGAAAACAAUGCUGCCACCUUAGCUGACAAUCUCCCAUCCACCUCAAAGAGUACACCCGAAAUGCCAUCAUUCAAUUCCCCAACAACCAAUGAUCCAGAAGCAAAACACAAAGAUUUCAUCCAUGAGCACAACGACGAGGCAGAAGAAGACAUUCAAUUGACUUUCGACACCGCAUAUCAUGAUACAUCGACACCAACAAUUCCACCACCCUUUCGUAGCGCAAACUUCGAUAAUGAAUAUAAUUAUAAGAACACUAGUAAUAACAAACUGCACGACCAAGAGGACCUCUCAUCAACGAAUCGACCGCCCCUACAUUCCGCUGCAACAAUGCCCGUCGACUUUGGACAUAACGCCUGGGCCGAAGGUACGAAUCAUGAGGAGGAUGAGAUCCAUAUGACCUUUGAAUGAGGGAGAAGAAAACACGAUAUUGAAACUUUUAUUUUCAUUGCACCUGACUGCCUUUUUGGCCUGUUACCUUGUGGCGUAAGGCGAGGAUCAAUUGAAUUUCGCUGUCAAUAAGUGCAUGUGUGGCCUUGUUAUACUUGUUGCAGUCGGUGUCGUACUAAGCUUGCAUACUAAUAUUUUGACGCUUUUCUGAUGUUUUCCUUGAUUUUGUCGGCGAAACAGCGAUUUAUCGAGCAUUAGAGAUAAGGCGUCUACUUAAUCUAAAUUUAUUUCUCUGUUA